AUGCUUACAAUUCCGCCCCCCGAAAAUAGAGCUAUUUCUUUCUUUCUUUUUCUUUGCCUUCUUUCUUUCUUUCUUUCUUUUCUUUGCCUUCUUUCUUUCUUUUUCAUUGCCUUCUUUCUUUCUUUCUUUUUCUUUUCCUUCUUUCUUUCUUUCUUUCUUUUUACUUGCCUUCUUUCUUUCUUUCUUUUUCCUUGCCUUCUUUCUUUCUUUCUUUUUCUUUGCCUUCUUUCUUUCUUUCUUUUUCUUUGCCUUCUUUCUUUCUUUCUUUCUUUCUUUUUCUUUGCCUUCUUUCUUUCUUUCUUUCUUUCUUUUUUUCUUUGCCUUUUUUCUUUCUUUCUUUUUCUUUACCUUCUUUCUUUCUUUCUUUUUCUUUGCCUUCUUUCUUUCUUUCUUUUUCUUUGCCUUCUUUCUUUCUUUCUUUCUUUCUUUUUCUUUGCCUUCUUUCUUUCUUUCUUUCUUUCUUUCUUUUAUUGCAUUCGUUCUUUUUUUUUUGCCUUCUUUCUUUCUUUCUUUUUACUUGCCUUCUUUCUUUCUUUCUUUUUACGUGCCUUCUUUCUUUCUUUCUUUCUUUCUUUCUUUCUUUCUCCUUGUAAUCCUAAUCUAUCUAUCUAUCUAUCUAUCUAUCUAUCUAUCUAUCUAUCUAUCUAUCUGUGCCUACUUAUCUAUCAGCCUGUUCUCAUCUAUCUAUCUAUCUAUCUAUCUAUCUAUCUAUCUAUCUAUCUAUCUAUCUAUCUAUCAGAGUCUGUUUACUGUCUGUCUAUCUAUCUAUCUAUCUAUCUAUCUAUCUAUCUAUCUAUCUAUCUAUCAAUCUAUCAGCCUGUUCGCACCUAUCUAUGUUCAUAUCCUGUGUGUUUUUCUUUCUAUCAUAUCAGAUCUCUUGACAAACCCGAUCCCAUUGUGAUUCAUCUUGGUUCGUCAAUGUUUUGUCCCGAUACGCGUGGUGAAAAAGAAAACAUGGCCGACACUUCAGUGUAA